AUGGCGAACCAGUUCAUUGGUCUCCAGAUGCGGGUAAUCCUGCGCGACCCGCCAGGAUACCGGCUCAUUGGCACCGUUCGAGACGUUGAAGCUGGCAGCAGCCUCAGUCUCACCAACGUCUAUAUAGUUGCGACGCAAGAGCACGUUCCGCUCAUGCGCAUCAACGCUCUCAACAUUGCCGACCUCUCCGAGCUACCCCGAGACCAACAGCAGCAACCUCCUCCUCCUCCCCCCGAAUACGACGCCCCAACACCGACUCAACCGCCAGGAUAUGCAGUCCAGAACUUGUCGCCCACGAAAUCAAACUUCGUUGAUCCUGCUAUCCUGAGCAUGGGUCGCCGCCCAGAUUCGGGGCCUCCUCCGGCGAGUGCACCGCACAAGGCCCCUGCGCAGCCUCUUAAUCCGGGCAUGCCAUACCCAGCCAUCUCAUCAGAUCAUCAAUCAAAAGGCGAUCUCGGUCGCCUCUUCAAGAGCAUUAGCAUUUCCAAGGCAGCUGAUGCCGAGAAUGUGCCGACUACCCCCGAGGCGACACCACAGAAGCGCAAGGCUCGAAACCGCAACUCUCGACAGUCAAAGCCAAUUGAACAUGAUGAUGACGGCGUUGCAGCUGCUCCCGGUAGCCACGGCAAGGGCUGGCGACAGACGCCCAUGCUACAGAGCACAUCAUCCUUCCAGCCAUUCAAAGCUCUCAAGAAAAACGGCAAGACGCCCAAAGACUUGCCUGACAACGGCUGGGCUUCGGAAGAUGUCACGGAAGAAAUGCCUGAGUUUGACUUUGAGAACAAUCUCGCCAAGUUUGAUAAGCGCACGUUGUUCGAUCAGAUGCGCAAGGAUGACGUUGUUGACGAGGCUGAUCGACUUGUGUCGCACAACCGGAACCCGAAACCCGGAACAGCAGGGGGCAAGAACUUGCAUUACACGGAAAACGUUCUGGACUUGCCGUCAAGCACCCAAAAUGCUGAUUACUGGAAUAGUGAGGCUGAAGUCGGAGGCGUUCAUCACAAUGAGGUCUUAAGCGGUCGCGAACAGAAAAGCGGGCAAUCGACCAAGAGAGCAGACAGCAAAUCGGGGCCUAGUCGCCGCUCGCAGUCACGCAAGGCAAGCGCUGCCAUGGGUGGGCAGCCACUUUCGCGUGUCAACUCGAGCGUGCGACAGUCGCUGCCAUCGCGUCGAUCUAGCCCACGAUCUGGAUAUCGUAGCGCGGAUGUACAACCGCCACAGAUCCAACAGCCAGGUCUCUACCUUGUCCCGUCAAACCGCCGCGUGGAGGCUAUUUCGACGCUGCAAAUGCUUAACCUAGAAAACAUUGCUGCCAACGAAGUCGGACUGCCAGAGACUCUGAUGGCGGAGAAUGCUGGCCGUGGCAUCGCCGAGGUGGCGGUUCAGGCACUGUCCGACCCAGCACUCAAAGUUCGAUACGAAAUGGCUGGAGCGGCGCUAUCGCAGGCCUCUGACGCAUCGCCGCCGAACAAUUCAACAGUCGUGAUUUUGGCGGGUAACAACAAGUCAAGUAUCCGUGCGCUGGUCGCUGGCCGUCACUUGCGCAACAAGGGCUACGACAUCAUGGUUUGCCUGGUGGGCAUUGAGCGCGAGCGCGACCUGCUGGAGGAACUUCGUCGCCAGAUUCAGCUGUAUCGCAGCUUUGGCGGCAGGGUGCUCAAAAAGAAUGAUUUCUUUGAGCAGCUUCGCAAGACGACGCCAGCUGGUGCAGCCGUCACAUCGGCAGGCAGCUCAGGGACUGGACGAGUGUCUGUGUCUUUAAUCAUUGAUGCUCUCCUCGGACUGACCAUGUCAUUCGAGGAGCUGCGCAUCGGCGAUCAGGCGACUGUGUACGAGCUAAUGGAGUGGGCCAACCGCAACGAAGCUUUCGUGCUGGCCAUUGACGUGCCCUCGGGCAUCGAUCCCAGCACUGGCAAGGUGGCCAUCAUUGACGGGUCGCAGCUCUUUGUCAAGCCGCGAUAUGUGGUGGCUGUGGGAGCUCCGAAACGAGGGCUUGUCGAGGCCGUGACACCCCCGGACGACGAAGAUCCUCUGUCGGCGAACGGGGGCAUCGCUCAAGACGAGGAGUGGCGAUUAUACAUUGUGGACAUGGGUCUAGGGCACACAGUCUGGCGCAAAGCCGGAACCAAGGUGCGCAAGGGCAUCGACUUUGACGGCAAAUGGGUACUGGAGAUGAGGUACCGAGGCAUCCAAGAGGAGUCGGAUGAUUACUGA